AAACAAAAUAGGUAACGGCAUCUGAUGUCCACGCACGACAAGAUAUCGUGGUUCGCGACGGCAAGAUCUUAACUGUAGGCCAGGGUCUCAAGUCUCUUUUCUCGGCCAAAACAGUGAUAGAUGCACAACAUGGCUUCGUCAUGCCGGGCGGCGUAGAUUCCCACGUACACCUUGACCAGGACAAUUCUCCCACAGGAGACAACUUUGAGACCGGCACUCGAUCAGCGAUUGCAGGCGGCACAACAUCAAUCAUCGCCUUCGCUACACAGGAACGCACCCACCAGUCUCUUCACCCAGUCGUAGAUGACUAUCACUCACGCUCCCGAGGGAAGUCAUACUGCGACUACGGCUUUCACAUCAUUCUCACAAACCCAACCCCCACCAUCCUUCGCGAUGAACUUCCCUUCUUUGUUAGCGAGGGCAUCACCUCCGUGAAGCUCUACAUGACCUACGAGCCCCUGCAGCUCAAAGACGGCGAGAUCCUAGAUGUCAUGAUGGCUACGAGGAACCUAGGCAUGACAACCAUGGUGCACGCUGAAAACAGCGACAUGAUCACCUGGAUCACGGCACGCCUUGCAGAGCAGAAACUCACUGCGCCGUACUAUCACGCCAUCAGCCGGCCCAACAUCGCCGAAGAUGAGGCAACGUACCGCAUUAUUGCCCUUGCUGAGCUCUCUGAUAUCCCCAUUCUCAUCGUUCACAUGUCUUCCAAGACCUCCACUGCGCACGUCAGGAGCGCGCAGACAAGGCUCUUGCCAAUUCACGCGGAGACGUGCCCCCACUACCUCUACCUCACAGCAGAUGCCCUAAAGCCGUCUCAUCCGGCCACUGAUGGCUUCUCCGGUGCGAAGCAUAUCUGCAGUCCGCCAUUACGUGAGGACCGCAUGGAUUUGGACGCCAUGUGGGCUGGUAUUGCCAACGGGACGUUUACGACCUUCAGCUCAGAUCACGCGCCGAGCAAAUAUGAUCACCCGGACGGCAAAAAGGCGGGAUUGAGCAAGGAAGAUGGCUUGAUGAGGUACGACCAGGUUCCAAACGGGCUUCCCGGCGUUGAGACACGCCUACCGCUGCUAUUCGAGGGCGGCGUGUUAACGGGUAGAGUGACGCCACAGAAGUUUGUCGAGGUCACGGCGACAAACCCGGCAAAGCUUUACGGGCUGGGAGAUACCAAGGGCGCGAUUGCCGCAGGAUAUGAUGCCGACUUUGUCAUUUGGUACCCAACAGCUGAGCAAGUUGCUGUCAGCGGCGGGACGGGCUCUGCAAAGAUGGAGCCGUUUGUCUUGGAGAACGCGAUGUUGCACCAUGAUAUCGAUUACUCGCCUUUCGAGGGGAUGAAGUUCAACAAUUGGCCGCGUUACACCAUCUUGCGAGGCAAAGUGGUUUGGGACCGCGAUGGUAGCGGUAUUGUUAGCAAGAUGGGAUAUGGCGAUUUUUUGCGGCGUGGAAAGAGCACCCUGAGCAAGCCGAGGAAUCAGUGGGUUAACGAGUUUCAGCCAUUGCCGGCGAAAUGA